GGGCGUCGGCGCUGGGCCCGCCAUGGCCGCGUCCGAGCUCUACACCAAGUUUGCCAGGGUUUGGAUACCUGAUCCUGAGGAAGUGUGGAAGUCAGCAGAGUUGCUCAAAGAUUAUAAGCCUGGAGAUAAAGUGCUGCUACUUCAGCUUGAGGAAGGAAAGGAUUUGGAAUACCGUCUAGAUCCAAAGACCAAGGAGCUGCCUCACUUACGGAACCCUGACAUACUUGUUGGAGAAAAUGAUCUCACAGCCCUCAGCUAUCUUCAUGAGCCUGCUGUGUUGCAUAAUCUCCGCGUUCGUUUCAUCGAUUCCAAACUUAUUUAUACGUAUUGUGGAAUAGUCCUAGUAGCUAUAAAUCCCUAUGAACAGCUGCCUAUUUAUGGAGAAGAUAUUAUUAAUGCAUACAGUGGCCAGAACAUGGGUGACAUGGAUCCUCACAUCUUUGCAGUAGCUGAAGAGGCUUAUAAGCAAAUGGCAAGGGAUGAACGAAAUCAAUCCAUCAUUGUAAGUGGAGAGUCGGGUGCAGGAAAGACUGUCUCAGCUAAGUAUGCCAUGCGAUACUUUGCAACUGUAAGUGGUUCUGCCAGUGAGGCCAAUGUUGAGGAAAAGGUCUUGGCCUCCAACCCCAUCAUGGAGUCAAUUGGAAAUGCUAAAACGACCAGGAAUGAUAAUAGCAGCCGGUUUGGGAAAUAUAUUGAAAUUGGUUUUGACAAGAGAUAUCGAAUCAUCGGUGCCAAUAUGAGAACUUACCUUUUAGAAAAAUCCAGAGUGGUAUUCCAGGCAGAAGAGGAGAGAAACUACCAUAUCUUCUAUCAGCUCUGUGCGUCAGCGAAGUUACCUGAGUUUAAAAUGCUGCGAUUAGGAAAUGCAGAUAGUUUUCAUUACACGAAGCAAGGAGGCAGCCCUAUGAUUGAAGGAGUGGAUGAUGCGAAGGAGAUGGCGCAUACCAGGCAGGCCUGCACUCUGCUGGGAAUAAGUGAAUCUUACCAAAUGGGAAUUUUUCGAAUACUUGCUGGCAUCCUUCACUUAGGCAAUGUUGGAUUUGCAUCUCGAGAUUCAGACAGCUGCACAAUACCUCCCAAGCAUGAGCCACUUAUCAUCUUCUGUGACCUCAUGGGUGUGGAUUAUGAAGAGAUGUGUCACUGGCUCUGCCACCGAAAGCUGGCUACUGCCACAGAGACAUAUAUCAAGCCCAUCUCCAAGCUUCAGGCCACAAAUGCCCGAGAUGCUUUAGCAAAGCACAUCUAUGCAAAACUCUUCAGCUGGAUUGUGGAUCACGUCAACCAGGCUCUCCAUUCUGCUGUCAAGCAGCACUCUUUCAUUGGCGUGCUGGAUAUUUAUGGAUUUGAAACUUUUGAAAUAAAUAGUUUUGAACAGUUUUGCAUAAAUUAUGCAAAUGAAAAACUGCAGCAGCAAUUCAACAUGCAUGUCUUCAAGUUGGAACAGGAGGAAUACAUGAAGGAACAAAUUCCAUGGACACUCAUAGAUUUUUAUGAUAAUCAGCCUUGUAUCAAUCUUAUAGAAUCUAAACUGGGAAUUCUAGAUUUACUGGAUGAGGAGUGUAAGAUGCCUAAAGGCACAGAUGAUACAUGGGCCCAAAAGCUGUACAACACACAUUUGAACAAAUGUGCUCUCUUUGAGAAGCCUCGUAUGUCAAACAAAGCUUUCAUCAUCAAACAUUUUGCUGACAAAGUGGAGUACCAGUGUGAAGGCUUUCUUGAAAAGAAUAAAGACACUGUUUUUGAAGAACAAAUUAACGUCCUUAAGUCAAGCAAGUUUAAGAUGCUACCAGAACUAUUUCAAGAUGAUGAGAAGGCCAUCAGUCCUACCUCUGCAACCUCUUCAGGGCGCACUCCUCUCACUCGAGUGCCUGUAAAGCCUACCAAGGGCCGACCUGGCCAGAUGGCCAAGGAACACAAGAAAACAGUGGGACACCAGUUUCGAAACUCCCUUCACCUGCUUAUGGAAACCCUCAACGCCACGACUCCUCACUAUGUACGCUGCAUUAAGCCUAAUGAUUUCAAGUUUCCAUUCACAUUUGAUGAGAAGAGGGCAGUACAGCAACUGAGAGCAUGUGGUGUCCUGGAGACCAUCCGAAUCAGUGCAGCAGGUUUUCCCUCACGGUGGACUUAUCAAGAGUUUUUCAGCCGGUAUCGGGUCCUAAUGAAGCAGAAAGAUGUGCUGGGAGACAGAAAACAAACAUGCAAGAAUGUAUUAGAGAAACUGAUAUUGGACAAGGACAAGUACCAGUUUGGUAAGACAAAGAUCUUUUUCCGUGCUGGUCAAGUUGCCUAUCUAGAAAAAUUGAGGGCUGACAAACUGAGGGCUGCCUGCAUCCGGAUCCAGAAGACCAUCCGUGGGUGGCUGCUAAGGAAGAAAUAUUUGUGCAUGCAGAGGGCAGCCAUCACAGUGCAGCGAUACGUGCGGGGCUAUCAGGCUCGAUGCUAUGCUAAGUUCCUACGCAGAACCAAGGCAGCAACCACCAUUCAAAAGUACUGGCGCAUGUAUGUGGUUCGCAGGAAGUACAAGAUUCAACGAGCUGCCACUAUUGUUCUUCAGUCUUAUUUGAGAGGCUAUUUGGCAAGAAAUAGAUAUCGCAAGAUACUUCGUGAGCAUAAAGCAGUCAUCAUUCAGAAACGUGUUCGUGGCUGGCUGGCUCGUACACAUUAUAAGAGAACCAUGCAAGCCAUCAUCUACCUUCAGUGCUGUUUCCGGCGGAUGAUGGCCAAGCGUGAGCUGAAGAAACUGAAAAUUGAGGCUCGCUCUGUGGAACGCUACAAGAAGCUCCAUAUUGGCAUGGAAAACAAGAUUAUGCAGCUGCAGCGCAAAGUGGAUGAGCAGAAUAAAGACUACAAAUGCCUCAUGGAGAAACUGACCAAUCUGGAAGGAGUAUACAACUCCGAGACUGAAAAACUACGAAAUGAUGUAGAACGUCUUCAGUUAAGUGAGGAGGAAGCUAAGGUUGCCACUGGCCGGGUCCUCAGUCUGCAGGAAGAAAUUGCCAAGCUCCGCAAAGACCUGGAACAAACUCGAUCAGAGAAAAAAUCCAUUGAAGAACGAGCGGAUAAAUACAAACAAGAAACUGAGCAGCUGGUGUCUACUUUGAAGGAAGAAAACACUUUGCUCAAACAGGAAAAGGAGACCCUCAAUCACCUCAUUGUGGAGCAAGCUAAGGAGAUGACAGAAACUAUGGAGAGAAAGUUAGUAGAAGAGACAAAACAGCUGGAGCUUGACCUAAAUGAUGAAAGGCUGAGGUAUCAGAACCUUCUGAAUGAGUUUAGUCGUCUGGAGGAGCGCUAUGAUGACCUCAAGGAGGAGAUGACCCUGAUGCUGAAUGUGCCUAAGCCAGGACACAAGAGAACAGACUCUACCCACAGCAGUAAUGAGUCUGAAUACACCUUCAGCUCUGAAUUUGCAGAAACUGAAGACAUUGCACCAAGGACAGAGGAGCCAAGUGAGAAGAAGGUGCCUCUAGACAUGUCAUUGUUCCUUAAGCUCCAGAAGCGUGUCACAGAGCUGGAACAGGAGAAGCAAAUAAUGCAGGAUGAGCUGGACCGAAAGGAAGAGCAGAUGUUCCGCAGCAAGGCAAAGGAAGAAGAAAGACCACCAAUUAGAGGUGCAGAACUGGAAUAUGAAUCCCUCAAGCGUCAAGAACUGGAGUCAGAAAACAAAAAACUGAAAAAUGAGCUGAACGAGUUACGCAAAGCCCUCAGUGAGAAGAGUGCCCCAGAAGUGACUGCACCAGGUGCUCCUGCCUACCGUGUCCUCAUGGAACAGCUGACCUCUGUGAGUGAGGAGCUUGAUGUUCGAAAGGAAGAAGUUCUCAUCUUGCGGUCUCAGUUGGUGAGCCAGAAAGAAGCCAUCCAACCCAAGGAUGACAAGAAUACAAUGACAGAUUCCACAAUACUUUUGGAAGAUGUACAGAAAAUGAAAGACAAAGGUGAAAUAGCACAAGCAUAUAUUGGUUUGAAAGAAACAAACAGAUCAUCUACUAUGGAUUACCAGGAGUUGAAUGAGGAUGGAGAGCUCUGGCUGGUUUAUGAAGGGUUAAAACAAGCCAACAGGCUCUUGGAAUCCCAGCUACAGUCACAGAAGAGGAGCCAUGAGAAUGAAGCCGAGGCCCUCCGUGGGGAAAUCCAGAGCCUAAAGGAAGAAAACAACCGGCAACAGCAGCUACUGGCCCAGAACCUGCAGCUGCCCCCUGAGGCCCGCAUUGAAGCCAGCCUGCAGCAUGAGAUCACACGGCUGACCAAUGAAAACCUGGAUUUGAUGGAACAACUUGAAAAACAGGAUAAAACUGUCCGGAAACUGAAAAAACAACUGAAAGUCUUUGCCAAAAAAAUUGGUGAACUUGAAGUGGGUCAGAUGGAGAACAUCUCUCCAGGACAGAUCAUUGAUGAGCCUAUCCGGCCAGUCAAUAUUCCCCGGAAAGAGAAGGAUUUCCAAGGAAUGCUGGAGUACAAAAGGGAGGAUGAGCAGAAGCUUGUGAAGAACCUGAUUCUAGAAUUGAAGCCACGUGGUGUGGCUGUCAAUUUGAUUCCAGGGUUACCAGCAUAUAUCUUAUUUAUGUGUGUGCGACAUGCUGAUUACCUGAACGAUGAUCAGAAAGUAAGAUCAUUGCUGACAUCAACAAUUAACAGCAUCAAAAAAGUCUUGAAGAAAAGAGGUGAUGAUUUUGAAACUGUCUCCUUCUGGCUCUCUAACACAUGCCGAUUUUUGCACUGUUUGAAGCAAUAUAGUGGAGAAGAGGGCUUCAUGAAACACAACACAUCUCGCCAGAAUGAACACUGCCUCACCAAUUUUGACCUUGCCGAAUAUCGGCAAGUGCUAAGCGACUUGGCCAUUCAGAUCUACCAGCAGCUUGUGAGAGUGUUAGAGAACAUCCUUCAGCCGAUGAUAGUCUCAGGCAUGCUAGAGCAUGAAACAAUUCAGGGUGUAUCCGGGGUGAAGCCCACAGGACUCAGAAAGCGAACCUCCAGUAUCGCAGACGAGGGCACCUACACGCUGGACUCCAUCCUACGUCAGCUCAACUCCUUCCAUUCAGUCAUGUGUCAGCAUGGCAUGGACCCAGAGCUAAUCAAGCAGGUGGUCAAGCAGAUGUUCUACAUUGUGGGUGCCAUCACCCUAAACAACCUCCUCCUGCGCAAGGACAUGUGCUCUUGGAGCAAAGGCAUGCAAAUCAGGUACAAUGUCAGUCAAUUGGAAGAAUGGCUACGUGACAAGAAUCUAAUGAACAGUGGGGCCAAAGAGACUCUGGAACCUCUCAUUCAGGCUGCUCAACUUUUGCAAGUGAAAAAGAAAACCGAUGAUGAUGCUGAAGCCAUCUGCUCCAUGUGCAAUGCUCUGACCACUGCCCAGAUCGUCAAGGUAUUGAACCUGUACACCCCUGUUAAUGAGUUUGAAGAAAGGGUCUCUGUCUCAUUCAUCCGCACUAUACAGAUGCGGUUACGAGACAGGAAAGAUUCUCCACAGCUGCUCAUGGAUGCUAAACACAUCUUUCCUGUCACAUUUCCCUUUAACCCAUCCUCCCUGGCCCUAGAAACCAUCCAGAUCCCAGCCAGCCUAGGCUUGGGCUUUAUUGCACGGGUCUGAAGUGCUGUCCAGGCAAACAUAGAGAACGCAUUUCUCCUCUGAAUAAGAACAGUCGUUUCCAUUGAGCUACUGAAAAUACAUUUUUAAAGAAAAAGUACUGAUUAUCUCUAAAAGAAGAUGUUAUUAACUGGAAGUUUCCCUAGAAUCCUUUCACUUGGAAGGAGACACUUUGUCCCAUGUUACCUUUAAACCAGCGUCCAUUCUUCACCAGUUGAGUUUGCAUACAGAUGGAUGCUAUCAGGGAGGAAUGAGAAGAAGGGUAAAAGGUGUGUGUCUUCAGCUGACAGCGUUUGUUUUAAACCUUUAGUGCUGCAUUUAAGUGACAUAGAAAAAUACAAUUCCAUAUGGAUGAACUGUUGUUAUCAAGGCACAAACAAAGAACUGAAAGAGAAAUCACUACUGAAUACAUAUCAGCUUAGGAGCCAAUCAUGUUGAUAUUGUCAAACUGGAUCAAAAAAUAAACUGGCAAUAUGUAAAGUAAUUGCCUAAGUAACUUCCUUGUUUGUGUCAUUAUGGUACAGCGAUAUUAAAGAUGCUGGCUUGCUAGGUAGCAUAGUUGCUUUUUGUACUGUAGCUUACCAAGCAUCUUAAAUUACUGCUAUGUGCUGUCUCCUGAUGAUAGUCUUAUUAGGCACUGCUCAACCAGCUUCUCUUUCUUCACUGUUUACAAUUCAACCAGAUCAGUUUUAACAGGGUUAUAUACAAUUAUCCACAGGUCCAUCUGCACAAGGAGCAGACACUGGAAGUUGUGUAGUGAUAGGACAAGAUGUUUGAUGUUUAGGUAGUGUUAGAGUGGCUGGGAUGUCCUUGCUGAUCAGGAUUGCAUAUGCAAUUAUUGAUAUGCAAAUUAAUUUUACCUGUGUGGAUAUCAUCAUAUCAUGGUAUAGUGUUCUGUAAAAUUACUUAUUUUUAGUUCUCAAAUCUUAUUCUUGCCAUGCAUAUAUUCAACAUUAACUGGUCCUAUUUUUAAUUUAUUAAGUGUUAGCCUCAGUCACUAUCUUGAAAGGACUAUCAGAAUAUUUAUGAUUCAGAUCUUGAAACUUUGAUUAUCCUAUAAGUUAUUCAAAAAAGACAUAUAAUAAAUCAUUAUAAUUCAGGGGGUAUAGGUGUUGCAUCCUCUAAAAGUGUUUUCAGAUAUCACUAAAUACUUUUAAAAACAUCAUAUUAUAAAUACAGUAAGAAGAUUUAUGUAAGAAAUAUAAGAAGAUUAUUAAAUUUUAUAGAGGAUUUGGUUCAGUAAGACCUAGAUUCUGUAAACCUUCAUUAUGAAAGUCUAAUUAAACAUAGUCUCCACUUUUUUUCCUGGAAGUCUUAUAUAAUAAAUCCUUUGAGUUAUGUAAGAACAAAUUCUUAGCUUUUAUUCCUCUGGUUCUUAGUUACAUCAUCAAUUUAUAUAGUUUAACUGUAAGAUGGUCGAUAACAAUGACAUUUAAAUAUGUGCAAUAUUAUUGAUGAGAACUAAACAGUUUCAAGUCAAUGAUAAAUACUGUUAUUAAACAGCAGUUAUUGUCCAUUAUCUUACUGGAGCCUGAAUGUCCUUGUUUAUAAAAUAAGAGGGUUGGGUAACUGCUUGUUCCAGCCACUUCCCCAUUUACAGUUCCCUCGUGCUUGGUUCCUAGGGCAAGGGGCCACAGUUACUCAGUCCAUCCUGUUGUAAAGACCAGUGCUUAGUGCCUGUCGGUUCCCUGGGUUAGCACAGUAAGUAACAAGUUUACGUAGCCACAACUUUUUCUUAACGUACAUCAUUUAGGUACUUUAGGAAAAUCCUAAUGUAUUUGUGUUAUUUGAAAGUCACAUAGUUUAGUGAUUUUUGUUACAUGAUGAACUGCUUUGUCAUUUGAAGGAUUUUAUUGAACCCAGGGCCCCAUGUAUGUGAAAUAAGUCCUCUGUCACUGAGCUGCAGUCUCGGCCCUUCAUCAGUUCUAGUACAUUUAUUUACUUGCAGAACCUAAAACACUAAUUCAACCAGAUUCAAUUUUUGUGGGUUUUCUAUAUUGUUUCAGUGAGCAGUUAAUGCUUAAAGCAGCUUCAUUCGUGCCGUGUGUCAUACAGCUAGAGGGGGUAGCAGGUGGAAGAGCUGCUCAGCAAACAGAGCCGUGUGUAGGCUGUCUUCCCUCAGCCCUGGCAGUCCUCCCACGCCCUGCUCCCAGCUUAAUCCUGUGUAGGACGCAACUGUUGUACACCCUGAGUUUUGUCUUCAAGAUCGUGCUACCACUGUCCCUGGAGCCCUUUUUUUUUUUUUUUUUUUUUGAUCAAAAAAGUAAAACUGUAGUUUUUUAAUUUAUCACAAUUGAUCUCCACAGGUAACUCAUGCCUAAAGGUUUCUAUUUGGAAUUGGAAUUUGCUUUUACAUUCUUAAUCCCUAAAUAACAUACUAUUGUUAAUAUUAUGUUUAAAUCAAUAUUGAAUCAAAUACUUUCAGAAAGAAUAGGACAACUGAGAAUAUAAGACAGUACAGCCUCAGAGUAAAUGUUGAAAUACUCUAUGAAGGUUUUUGACUAAUUAUAUAUUUUUUUAUAGAUUUUUUUUUAUUAAGAAAGAAAAAAAAUUUUCCGCCUCCUCCCA